GAUUUAAAUAUGGCAGCUACAGAAAAUACUCGAAUAAACUAUGUACCAAUGGAAAAUAUUCUGCAAAAAAUUAAUUCAAUUCAUAUAUCUUUACCCGAGGAGGAUAAAAGAAGAAAUAAUAAAAUACUAGAUGCAGUUACCAAAAGUAUCGAGAAGAAAAUGCAGGAAACUGAUCCGUUAUUUAAGAAAAUGUUUAAAAAUGAAAAGUAUUUUGGUGGUAGCUAUUAUGAUGGUUUGAAAGUUGGAAAACCAGAAGAGUAUGAUCUUGAUCUAUUGUUAGAACUUCCACCAGACGUAAAACCUGCUAUAGAAGUUAGUGAAAAACAUGGAUUUGUUCAUGUGGUCUUAAACGAUACAUCAAAACUAAGUAAUACUGGCUCUGGUAAAAAAAAUCUAACAUGGAAUGACACUUUAAAAACUUUAUUAGUAGACUCAAAAUAUGUAUCAACAUUUAAACUUCUAUGUUGGUUUGAAAAAGUACUUAGUACGUCAUUAAAGAGUUUUAAAACUGAAGGUACUGAGGAGUGUGUUUUUCACGUUGACGUUGGAGAAGAGGAUAUCCUAAAAGUGACCGGUAAAUUCCAGAAAUCUUUUCCAGCAUUUACUUUAAAAUUAAAGUGCAUUGGCAACUUGGAUAUUGACCUCGUACCUUGCUUUGUAUUUACUGGUGACGACAUGUGGCCGAAAGAAAAUUAUCGACGUAAUCCUUUUCCUCAUAAAAGUAGAUUUCUCGUUGUUCCCAAAAACCCUUAUGGAGAACAAUGCGGACCGCAGAACCCAAAUAACAUAUAUUGGCGCCUUUCAUUUCAAGAACAAGAACGUGAGCUGAUUUCUGGAAAUCAGUAUAACACAAUGAAAGCCACUAUAAAAUUAUUGAAGAAAUUAAGGGAUCACAAAAGCCACAAAAUUGCAAGUUACUACAUAAAAACUAUAUUUUUAUGGGAAGUCGAAGAACGUGAGGCAAGUUUCUGGAGAAAGCCUCUGAGUAUUGUAUUCAUGGAGAUGCUCAUAAAAUACGAAGCAAUAUUGAGAAAAAAAGAUAUACCAUAUUAUUGGAAUGAUAAAUAUAAUCUUAUAGGGCAUAUAAAAGACAUCACUAUUGAAAAUAUUGCCAAUUAUAUAAAAGCAGUCAUCGAUGGCGUAAAUAGAAAAGUUGCCGAAGAACCAUUUACUAUUGCAUACUAUAUUCUGCCACCUGCAGACGUAGAAGAUUUAAAAGCCCAAGUUAAUAUUGGCAAAAAAUAUAAAAAACUUAUGGGAGACUCUGGUACUUCAGAUAGCACAACAGUUUGUGAUGAUCAAUUGGAAGCUAUUCACAAUCGACUAGAUCAGCUGACUGAAAAAGUUGAUUUAUUGUACAAAAUAAUGCAAAAUACGAAUGUUUUAUUGGUAGAUGUUUUAAAUAAGUUAACAGUUGAUACAGAUGACUUGGAUAUGUCAUGUAUAAAAUAGUGAGAAUAAGCAUUAAAUAAAAACCAAACAAAUAUUAUCAAAAAAUAAUUAACUUUUUAUUAAAAAUUAUCCACAAUUUUAGUAUAAAAUAGAUUUAUUUUGACGUUUACGUUUAGGUUAACACUUGUAAUACAUAGUUUGUUUAUUUAACAUGAAUGUAUCGAAUUAUUUACAUUAUGUAGUUACAGUUUUUAUUUA